UCAUUUAUCAACCUGUUGGUCACACUGUCCCGGUCCGCGUGUUGAUAAAAAACAUAAAACUGCAAAAUGAAAACACCAAAGGCAAAAGAAUCCAAAAAAGCUGAAUUAAAAGCUGUGAAAAAUGAACCUGGUUUGUCGGAAGACAGCAAGGAGGUCAAGAAGCCCAAGAGCAAGGCCAAGAAGAAGGCACCUAAGGUACCCAAAGAGGAGGUAAAGGCAGCGGUCCAAGAGAGCCCCAAAAAACUGUCCGCCAAGGAUCUGGCUAAAAUCGAGAAAAAGAAGGCCAAAAAGCUGGCUCAGAAGCUAAAGAAGCAACAGAAUAAGGCGCCCUCUAAGGAGGUUAAGCAGGAGGAUUCUGCUUCAGAACCCACCAAAGUAAAGGGCAAACCCAUAAAAAAGGAGGGGGAGAAGUCAAAGCCGGCGGUCGCCAAGGCAAAACCAAAGGGAAAGGCCACCAAAGCCAAGGCCAAUAACAAAGAUGAGGGAGCCGUCAAGAGGGAACGCAAUCCUGCUGACGAGGCAGCCACUGUUUUUGUGGGUAAUCUUCCCAUUAAUACGAAGCGAGUGCAGAUAGUCAAGCUCUUCCAGCCAUACGGAACUGUCCAAUCCAUUCGGCUGCGUACAGCUGGUGGCAAGCUGCUCUUCAAGCACAAACAGCGUAAAGAAGCCGGCUCUCUAAAUGCCUACGUGGUGCUGCAGACUCCAGAGAUUGCCCAGAAGGCACUGGAACUGCACGGCUCCGAGUUCAAGGAUAACCAUCUGCGCGUGACGCCGGCGGCCAAGGCGGUGGAUGAGUGGAACGGGCAGAAUAAGGAGCAGCCCAAUGACAAAGAUGCUAAGCGUACAAUAUUUGUGGGCAGUCUGAAAUACUCGGCCAAUGAGGAAAAGCUGCGUGAGAUCUUCUCCAGCUGCGGUGAGAUCGACUACAUCCGCUGCCUCCAGGAAGGCGUCAAGGGCUGCAAGGGAGUGGCAUACGUAUGCUUCCAGAAACCCGAUGCCGUGGGCUUGGCCUUGGAACUAAAUCAGACCCUUCUGGAUGAUAGACCCAUCAAUGUGGAGCGGUACUCCGUAAAGAAACUGGGUGCCAAGCAGGUGCGCGACGCCGCCGCAGCCGCUGCUGCUUCUAGCACAUCUGGAAAGGCUAAGGCCAAAAAACAGAAUUCUGCUGGGGCAAAGAAACGAUUGGAUAAGAAGAAGGGCAAGGACAAUGGCACGAAGGAGACCAAGGCAGCAGCUGGAAGUGGUCAGAAAAAGAAGUCCGAAUACCGGGGCGUGAAGGUAGACGGCAUCAAGAAGGCCAAGAAGCCGAACAAGAAGAGGAGUAACGACCAACAGCAGGCACUUGCGAAAAAGAUAGCACCCAAGUUAAAGAGUUAAUUUGUUCCUCAGGUUAGGUCUAAGUUCUCUAAUUAGUUGCAAUCCAAUUUCUUUCAAUUUUUAUUCGUUUCUUGUAACGAAGUUGACCACCGAAGUUGACGGGGUAAUUGUUGAAAGAUUACUCGCAAAGAAAGUUAAUAAAUAUCGAUUUUUUAGAAGCAGAAA